UUUAUGCAUGUAAAAAGUGUUAAACAUGAUUCGAAAGCGGUUAACCAAUUUAGCUCAACUAAGUGCUGUGGGCUUAACUGGAUACUGCUUAGGAUUUUACAGUGAACGAAAUAUCGACUUAUUUAAAAGGAGAGAAGAUUCUGUUAUUAUAAAUGGCAAAUCCAUCAAAAAUAUGCCCGGUUUGCCAAUAUUCGGGAGUGUAUCAGCUGCUACGCCUUACGUCGAUUCCAGUGCGCCUAAAGAUAGAAUAUCGCAAAUAAUGAAAUUCGGAUUCCCCGGCUUAGAUAAUGUCCGAUCGUUCGACGACUACGUAUUGUCUUACGACCGACGUAACCGCGUCGCGCACUGGGUGUUCGAGCAUCUCACGCGUGCUCACGUUGCGAAGAAUGCUACGGUAGACCGGAGCAAGUGUGAGUUUACUGCGGAUGAAAGUAUACAUCCAUUUUUUAGAUCACAGAACAGUGACUACAAAGGCUCGGGCUUCGACCGCGGGCACAUGGCGGCCGCGGGCAACCACAAGUUGGCGCAGAAACAUGUUGAACAAACGUUCCUGCUCACUAACAUGGCACCACAGGUGGGUGAAGGGUUCAAUAGGCAUGCAUGGAACCGAUUAGAAAAACACGUUCGCAACCUUACCAAGGUGUAUGACAAUGUGUACUGCUGCACAGGACCACUGUAUCUGCCCAGAAAGGAAUCUGAUGGCAAGUCGUACGUGAAAUAUCAAGUGAUCGGCGCCAACUCAGUAGCAGUGCCCACACAUUUCUACAAAGUGGUGGUCGGCGAGGCGGGCGGCGUUCUAGACAUGGAGGCCUAUGUCAUGCCCAACCAGAAGAUACCCGAUGAGACGCCUGUGGCUAACUUUAUGGUACCUCCAGAAUCGAUAGAGAAAGCUGCCGGUCUCCUAUUCUUCGACAAAAUACAUAGAAGCAAAUUAAAUAAAAUUAACGGCAAGAAAGUUUAAUGUAGCAUUAAAGUC